GCCGGGAUGGGCCGCGGGAGCUGAGCCGGCGCGAAGGAUGAGCCAAGCGGGCAGCCCGGGGAGAGCCUACGACUUUCUGCUGAAGUUCCUGCUGGUGGGAGACAGCGACGUGGGCAAGGGCGAGAUCCUGGCCAGCCUGCAGGACGGCGCCGCCGAGUCGCCCUACGGCUAUCACAUGGGAAUAGAUUACAAGACUACAACAAUUCUUCUGGAUGGUCGACGAAUCAAGCUACAACUCUGGGAUACAUCAGGGCAAGGGAGAUUCUGCACCAUAUUUCGGUCAUAUUCAAGAGGUGCUCAGGGAGUAAUACUAGUGUACGACAUUACCAAUCGUUGGUCAUUUGAUGGCAUCGAUCGAUGGAUAAAGGAAAUAGAUGAGCAUGCUCCUGGUGUACCAAAAAUCCUGGUUGGAAACCGCCUUCACUUAGCCUUCAAGCGCCAAGUGUCUACUGAACAAGCACAAACCUAUGCUGAGCGGCUGGGCAUGACUUUUUUUGAAGUCAGUCCUCUUUGUAAUUUCAAUAUUACAGAGUCCUUCACUGAGCUAGCAAGAAUAGUACUGAUGAGGCAUGGAAUGGACAGGCUCUGGAGGCCAAACAAGGUACUGAGUCUGCAAGACCUUUGUUGCCGUGCCAUAGUUUCCUGUACCCCUGUGCAUCUUGUUGACAAACUCCCUCUCCCAGUUGCCUUAAGAAGCCAUCUCAAAUCCUUCUCCAUGGCCAACGGUCUUAAUGCCAGAAUGAUGCAUGGACGCUCAUAUUCGCUCACAUCUAGCAACAUCAGUAAAAGGAACAGCUUAAAGAAAGCUAAAAUUAUCCGUCUACCACAGAGCCCACCAAAAAACUGUACAAGAAACAGCUGUAAAAUUGCUUAAGCUUGGUGGAAAAAGGAAUCUGGAUGGAAUCCCCUCAUGUGAAGCGUUGAAUGUGAGGACUCCUUUUUUAAUAGUAGAGCAUGCUCUAUGUAGGUAUCACACUACAUAGACAAAAAUGAGAAAAACAAGUACUAUUUUGGAGCUUGAUCACUACAGUAAUGCUGCUUUGGAAUGAGUGAGUUGUUCAGUGCAACUGAAAGGGUGUGAUGUUUUGCUGUUGGACUUGCAUACUUUAUUUUAGUUUCUGAAUUGCAUGAUGCCAUUGUUUUCACUACUUGAUGUAUUUUCCUAUGGGGAAUAAUUAUCAUUAUGUUGAGUUCUUAAUUCCAUUAAAUCUGGAAUGUGGCUUACUGUUUAAUUGUUUUAAAAAAAUCCUGUCUUUUUGCAAACUAUUAAAAACAUGAGUCAUUGGUUUACAUAUUCGGGCAGAAGUUUUUAAAUGCAAUGUAUUGUAUACAUUGUAAAUUCUACAAAUAGUGCAACCAAUUCUAGUCAUACUGCAGUUGUGUAUUUGGAUGUUUGGUAAAGCUUCCUUGAUGACUUCAAAGCACUAACUUAACUAAGCUAAAAAUGUGUAUACAAUUAUGAUGCACAUAUGCAACAAGGUUUUGUCCCAUUAGUAUAUGUAAUAGAUUUGAUAAAGUUUUUUGGUAUGUUAUUUAAUACUUUGGGGGAUUAAUUUGUGGUUUAAAUACUUAUUUUUCUGUAAAGAAAAAAACUAUAUAUAUAUAUUACAUUUUAUACCACUCUACAGGAAAGUUUGAGAAGGAAAUGCCAAAGAUACUGUGGUUAAGGGAACAUGACUUGAAAAGCUGCUUUACAAAAAAAAAAGCACUAUUUAAAAUAAAUAAAUAAAUGCUUCUGGAAAAUAAAUCCUCUUAAGCUUUAUUUAAUUGGAGAAAGUUGUCUUUGUCUUCCUUGAGAAGAACUGGAAGAACAGUAUACCUGAAGUGGACAGCAGGAACAUGAAGCCAUCUUAAAAGGAUGAAAUAAUGCUUUGAAUACAACAUCUGUCUUCAAUACUGUGAACUGACAUGCAGAAGGAUACGUGUCAAGUGUUCCCCUUCUUUUUGAAGAAUAUUGGGACUCAUUUUGAGCAGUAGGAAUCCUUUCAGGUGAUGGUGUAAUUCCUCUAGGCAUUCUCACAAACGGGAGAUACCAUCGAGUUAGGUAUCCUUAAUGUUCCCCCUGGUUCAGACUAGGCUUCCACAGCCCCUCGAUGUGAGUAAGGAAAACUAAAACAAGUGAAAUGCCAAAGCUAUGUCAGGACCUGGACUGAUAAAUGCGGCGCUACUUGAAAAGUGUCUCAUAUUUAAAGACCAAAUAGGAAAACACAGCGCAGUGGAAGGAAUUUUUCCUGGCUUGUUUUCAUUGCUGCAGCUCACUCCAUGACCAGCAGGCUCCAUCUGCUGGGCUGAGCUGCACAGAGAUUGCUGCACGUCAGGAUAAAGCCGGUGUACUGCAGAAAUGACACCUCCACAGCUUAAGGGAACGUACAUAGCAGCCUGCAGCUACGUGAGGUUACAGCCAAGUCCUAGGAGUUCUGGCUGUGUUUCACUAUUGGUUGUGUGCAGAGUUCAUUGCACAUUCGUGUCCUGUUUUAAGUCUUGGCCUCUUCAACCAGCAGAUCAUUGAUAUCUUUUCUACCUGCUGUGUGUAUUGUGAAAACUGGGAGAGACUAUUAGCAUGGAUCUGCUCACAUCCUGCGGCCAGCCAGGGCGCAGGCGAGGCCAGGGGAGGCCGGAGCAGCAGACAUAGUGCAGUGAUUAAAGCCUGAGGGCGCUGUUCAACGUAGCACUGAGGGCAGCUGUCCUGGCUGAGCGAGGCCUGGUGGAGAUGGAAGGUGAUUUUAGCGAAUGGGAAGUGGAAGGGAUCGGGCUGCCGCAGGCGUGAACGCUCCAGAACGAUUGGACCUUUCUUUCGACGUUUGAUAGUG